GUGAGGGCUUGUGGUCAUGAGCAGCACAAGUAAUAAUGUGUCACAGUUGUAUAAUAGUGUUUGUACAGUAGUAAACAGCAGCUCCUGUACUCUAACCUUUGUUCUAUACUCAGACUUCACAGCUUUGUUCCUGACAGAUUUUUCCAUCAUCGACAGCAAAGCCUUUCUCUCAGUGGUGUAGAAAUAUGAAGUUUCUGGAAUUAGGGGACUCCUUCAGUCGCUUCAGGUUUGCUCAGUCCUGUGUGGGGUUGGCAGGCUGCCUGUGUGUGUGCUACGCGGUCUGGACGCCGUUCUGGCUGAAGGAGAAGGGACUGUGGGCAGAGUGGAAUAACACUAAAAGUGACGAGACAAAUCAUAAACAUGGUGCUGUCUUCAAUGUUGUAGCUGUAGAAGCAGAGAGGGUAUUUGGGGUUCUUUCCUUCCUGAUGGCUGUGAGCACUGGUGCUCUAUGUCUGGUGUUUGCCCUCUGCUGGACAUCUCAGACAGUGCGUUCCUACUCCAACACUCGCUCUCUCCUCAUGGCAGGACAGGCGCUCUACCCCACCACCCUGCUGCUACUCACCAUGACCUCUACAGGUUUCUUCUUCCUCCUCAGCUGGUCCUUCUUCACAUAUCAGCAUCAGGAAGAAAUCCGUCAAGACUUCUCCAGCCUCGGCUCUUCCUACUGGUUCGGGGCUUUAGGUUGGGUCCUGCUGCUGGUUGUGGAGAUGAUAGUCUUUAUCGCUGAACAAGCUGUUGUGCCAGACAUCCUACCAGACUUAGAGAAGGCUGUGGAGUCGUGGAGGAUUUCCUCUCAGCUUAAGGCCGCUAAACGCUCUUUCAGUGAUGGGUAUCACCCUGGUAACAGCAAAAGCAACCUGAUUCCAAAGAGGUACAUGUCAUCGCCCUGAAAGGAGUGCAGACAAGAGGACUUGACAGAUAAAAUGAUUUUAAAUGUGUGAGUUACACAUUAACGCACACAGACUUGGUGAGAAAGCAGCAAUUUCUUGCUGCUUUAAAUAGCUCUACAACCAAACUGAACUGACUGUGCUUGGAGUUAAGUGUUGGCUAGAGGAAUUAAGAUUCUCUGACUCCCGAAAGUCAGUGGGACUGACUGCUCCAGCUUCCUGCAGGGUAGACUGUGGUGAUAAUUCAGUUUGUUUUUAGUAUGGACUGAAAUAAAAUUAAAAUACACUAAGGACCGACAACACUGGCUGGGAAACUAGGCAUCAAAUAUAAGAUGAGAAUUGUUCUCUAACAAGGUGAUGGGUAGGAGCUGUGUUUGAAAAGAUUUUGUCUAGAUCAAAAUUUGUCUAGGUUUGCCUGUGAGCCAGGAUCAGAUCCAGGUUUUUUAACUAGUACCUUUGUCUGAUAACUGUGCUCGAUGAAUGCUAAAAUAGCGCCAUCUUGUGAUGACCACUUGACACUUUUGACAGUAAAACUCAACCAACGAAUUACUGAUUUAAUUUUCUACAAACAUUACAUUUUAUUUGUUGAAAUAUGAGCCAAGUGGAAGAAAUACUAAGGCAAAUACACAUUGUGUUCCUCUGCUGUUCGCUUUUUGUAUCGCUGCUGAUGUGGAAAAAAUAGCACAAAUAUCUGUGGCCAUAACCUUUGUAAAUUAUCCUUUAUUUUUAUUUAUGUUUAAAAAAAGCUGUCAAAUGAUUACCAAAAUGUUCAACAAAGCUUUGUCUGUCUGUGCUGAACCUGUGCUGUCCAGACUCUAAACACCCUUCCAAAGCUAAAUAAAAGUUUUAAAAGUUUG